CCUUGUCCUGGCUCGGCCAUGCUGGAUUCCUAGCCCAGGCCUCCCUCUCAGUUCCCUUCCCCUCAAGAAGCUCGGUAAGGGUGGGUCCCGGAAGGUGCAGCUGUGAUCUGGGAGGUGCUGAGCUCCCACCUGCGACCCGUGGCUGGGGAGGGCCCAGUAACGACAGCAUGGCAGUGCCCCCAAGAGGGAGGGGCCAUAGGACCACCCAUAAACCUGACACGUUCUCUCCUGCAGGGGUGCAACGGACAGAGCCCAGUCCUGAGAGGCCCGCGUGCAGCCGCAGGAGCCGACCUGGAGAUCGCAUGAUGGCCUCGGAGCACAGGGAUGUCCUCGUGCUGCUGCCCAGCCGGGAGCAGCUGCGGCUGGCCGUGGGCGUGAAGGCCACUGGCCUCGUGCUUUUCCAGCAAGUGUGCAACGUGCUGAGCAUCAGAGACACGCAGUUCUUCGGCCUCUGUGUGGUCAGAAACAAUGAGUAUCUAUUUAUGGAUCUGGAGCAAAAGCUCAGCAAGUACUUCCCAAAAGACUGGAAGAGAGAAAUGUAUCAAGGAAGCAAGAAAUGCAGAGCGCCCUUCGUGGCCUUCCUCCGAGUGCGGCACUACGUGGAAAACGGAAGGAGCGACCCCCGGGCACAGCACCUGUACUACUGCCACCUGAAGGAGCAUGUGCUGCGGUCCCAGUGCGCCCACCAGGAGGAGGCCUACUUCCUGCUGGCCACCUGUGCGCUGCAGGCUGACCUGGGCGAGCACUGGGCACCGGCCCAUGCCGGGAGGUACUUUGAGCCGCACUCCUACUUCCCACAGUGGGUCAUCACCAAGAGGGGGAUUGACUACAUCUUCCGGCAUAUGCCUGCCCUGCUCCACAAGCGCCAGGGCCUGAGCCUCAAGCAGGCCAUGCUGCGCUUCAUCCAAGGCUGCCGGCUGGAGGACGUGCCCAUGCACUUCUUCAGGCUGUACAAGGAUAAGGAGGAAGUUUGCUCCACCGUGAUCCUGGGACUGACCCUCAGGGGAGUGCACAUCUACCAGGAGGUGAACCGAGUUCCACAGCUGCUGUACGACUUCCCCCGGCCCCACGUCGGGAAGCUGGCGUUUCUGGGGAAGAAGCUGGAGAUCUGGCCGGACGGGCUGCCCGCGGCGCGGAAGCUGGUUUACCACACGGGCUGGCGCUCACGGCACCUGCUGCACCUGCUGGGCACCAGCCACCAGCUCCAGCUCCGCAUGCGGCCCGCGCUGCACGUGCUGCGGCGGCGGGAGGAGGCGGAAGAGAAGCAGCGCUACCGGGAGUCGUACAUCAGCGAUGGGCUGGACCCCUUGUGGACCCGCCCUCAGGGGUCCAGGGGCUCCCGGAGAAGCCGCCGUUCUCUGGCCCCAGGACCAGUGGCAGCCGCCCUGGCACACAUGACAGCCAAGGACCAGUGGGCCCAAGGGGGAUGCCCAGGCACCCAGCGGCAAUGCCCUGACCUGCCCUCCAGGGGCCAGACCGUGAGGAUCGGAGCUGCCUCCGCUUGCCGGGAGCCCUGUGCCCAUGUCAGGACCAGAGGCCACAGCGCUCAGGUUGUGUACCAGAUCCGGGAGAUGAAAGCCAGGGUCAGUGAGGAGCAGCAUAGCCACAGCCUGGACGGUACGCGUCUGCACCAGCUGGCCCUGCACCCAGAGCCUGCCUCACUCUGCCACACCAUCCACUGCACCCUGGACCUCAGGCUGGCAUCCCCCUGCGAGACCAGGGCCACGCUCCCCAGCAGCAGGUCCAGGAACUGCCUGGCUCUGGACCUGCUCAGGGAGGCCCCGCCCCCACAGGAGUUUGCGGUGUGGGCACCAUCUACCCAGCAGCACCAUCUACACCGCCAGCCUCAGGUAGCUCAGCCCCCACCCACCCACUGCCACAUGGCCCUUGGCCCUUCCUGCCCACCGGAUGCUGCCCCCACCUCCGCAGCCAGCACGCUCCACAGGCUCACCUGGGACAGGUGUGGAGCCGGCUCUGACAUCAACCUGGGAGGUGACAGACAGUCCCACACCUCAUGCCUGCCCGAGGUGCACCUGGGAGCUCCUUCCGUCGGGGUCUCCAGGGAGUAGGUUCAAGGUCUGGCAGGUUCAAAGCCAUGGUGUUGACCUUAGCCCCUCACCCGUCCUAAUCUGGGAGAGAAGGUGACAGAGGGCCCCAAACCUGGAGAGAGAGCUCUGACGUUUACGCCAGCUCCCUGGGAGACAGUCCUGGUGGGCACCGGCUUCCAGGUCCCCCGAGCCGAGUUCACGGUGGCUGUCGCUGUGCAGGACCCAGGCCCCUUCCAGACCUGGACCCUCCUGCAGUUCCUGCUUGCAAGUGCUGGGCCUGUCAGACAGAGGCCCCUCCUGAGACGCAAGCCCAGCGCUGUCACCUCAGACCCAGCCCAGACCCUCACCCACCACCCACGUGAGUGACACACAGAAAUUAGUCAAUGACUGUGCUUUCCCUUCCAAGUAAGACCCCACUGCCCCCAGGCUAAAGCCAACUCUGCUGCCACCUCAGCCAUGACGCCUCAGGGCCCGCUCUGCUCACAGCACAGGUGGCUUCCUUAGGUCAUUGCCCUGGGCGGGGUGGGGCUGGUGCAGCCCAGAUGGGGAAGGAGAGAGGCUUUGGUGACACAUAGGGAGUGGGGGACUGGCUGUGAGUGGCAACUGCUCUGACCGGGGUGGGCUCCAUGGGUCAUGCAGCCUCAGCACCUCAGGCUUUGGAAGGCCUCCGGAAUGGGGUCUCCCUCGGGCUCUGAAAGACCUCCGGGGUGGGGUCUGCCCAGGGCUCCUCCUCCUGCACAAGACUCCAGCACACGUGCACAGCUGCUGUCCUCUGCAUUUAGGAGAGUGG